AUGUACCAUCCCAGAUUCAUCAUCUUGACCUUCCUAUAUCUGUCACCUGUUCUUCUCUCAAUCUGCUAUGGCCUAUCUGUUGUGGAUCUCAACUUGCUGAAACACAGUGAUAAAAGUGGUGUAAUUACCAAAAGGGUAUGCACCAAGAGCAUUGUGGAGUGCUUGGAAGAAGAGACAGAAAUGGAUUCAGAGAGUAACAGAAGAUUAAUGCAGCAGCAGCAGCAGCAGCAGCACAGGUACAUUAGCUAUGAGACACUGAAGAGGGACAUGGUUCCAUGUGAUAGAGCAGGAUCCUCUUACUACAGUUGCAAAGCAAGAGAAGCAAACCCUUAUAAUAGAGGCUGUGAAGUUAUUACUGCAUGUGCAAGAGGUUCUCAACCCAUCAGAACUUGA